AUUAGUAAUAACAUGUAGAGUAUUAUAUACUAAAAUGCACUUCACAGCCGGUUCCAUUCAUAGAAUCACCCUCGCAGGUCGGGAAGAAGAAGCAGAGCUUCGCAACACUGGACCUCGCACACGGUCACUCUAGCCUGGACCUGCUCCAACAACGUUUUUUGUCUCCACACUCGGCCCCAUGGACGGCAUAAAUAAGUACAACGAAUUUGUGGCGCUGCACAAGCCCCAGUUGGAAUCGUCCUCGAUUCCGAUGCACUUCUGGCCGGCGCUUUACCGCAAGCUGGCUGCUGAUACCUUCGAUGCUGGAGAAGCACUGCAGCUGAUGUUAAUCGACUAUGAUGAGGACGAGGAGCAGAAUCCGGCAGAGAAUGAUGACAGCCCUAAUCCCGUGUUCGCCUUGGGUGUAGCCAGGAAUCAAGGUAUCAGGGCAAGUGAUCCACAGGCCAUCUACCUAGUAGACCAUGCCUGGACUUUCCGGCUGAACAGUGCGCGGCAGCAGUUGCAACAGUACCCGCACCUGGCGGAUCGCCUGUCGGCCAUCACGGGCGUGGAUCUGGAGCUGGAGGACCGCAUCGACAAGAUCCUGCGUCGCCUGUGGAAGUACUGCCACGCCUACUCCAUUGGAAGCGCAGGUCUCUCGGAUGAGGAACGCCAGCCCAUCUGGUAUGUGAUGGACGAGGUCGGCUCGGCUGUAAAUCACUCCGAUGAUCCGAACUUUCGCCUGGUGCCACUGCUCUACCUGAACACCCAGACCACGUAUAGCGUGUUAUUUCCAAUCCAUGAUUGUGAGGUGGGCGAACAGGUGACACGCGAUGUAGUGGAGUACGUUGCCAAGGAGGCGCCGCAGCGGGCUGCCCUGCUCUUGCCAUGGCGCGAUGUCGACCUCACGGGCGAGAGCUUCCUGCAGGUGGAGCCGCGAGCGGAUUACUUCACCAGCGGGCACAUCGCCGAAACGUAUCCCAAAGAGAACACGGAACCACUGCCAUCACGGUCACGCUGCGACCCAUUGAAGGUCUACGCGGAGUACGAGGUGGUACGGCAGCACCUUACAUCUCCAGAGUUCCUUCUUGUAAGCGACGAACAGGAGGCUGACGUCCUAUGGCUCACGCGCCACUUCAAGACCUUCGAGGAGUUGGCCGACCAGGCGCCUGGCAAAUUUAUCAACCAGUUCCCAUUCGAGUAUGUUAUCACCAUCAAGGAUCUGCUCAGCAUUGUGGGACGUCGGGCGGCUAAAGAGCACCACAACGGGCUUACGCUGGACACGUAUCCCGACUGGCUGCCCACCACCUACAAUCUGUCCACGGAGCUAAGGGAGUUCGCCGCUUACUAUCAGACGAGAGCGGCUAAGGGCCUCGACAACCAUUGGAUCAUCAAACCCUGGAACCUGGCUCGCGGCCUCGACACCUACAUCACCGACAACAUCCGGCAGAUUGUGCGUCUGCCGGCCACUGGACCAAAGAUUGCUCAGAAAUACAUCGAGCGACCGGUACUGUUCCGACGCGAGGAGUUGGAAGGACGCGUCAAGUUCGACAUUCGCUACGUAAUCCUCCUUAAGAGUGUCAAACCCUUGAAGGCAUAUGUGCAUCGUAAGUUCUUUCUGCGCUUUGCCAACCAUCCGUUCUCGUUGGACAACUUUGACGACUACGAAAAACACUACACGGUGAUGAACUACCAGGAGGAGGCUCAACUCCACCACGUCAAGUGCGAGGACUUUGUGACACUCUGGAGAGAACAGUACCCGGAUAACGAUUGGUCUGUCCUGGAGCAGCAAAUCUGCAGCAUGCUUUACGAUGUGCUGCAGUGCGCCAGCCAAGCAGAUCCGCCUUGCGGACUUGCUCCUUGUGCCCAAUCACGAGCUUUGUACGCCGCCGACAUCAUGCUCCGUUGGACUGAUGAUGAGGAGAGGGUGAUGCGGCCUCAACUACUGGAGAUCAACUGGACGCCAGACUGCAAGAGGGCCUGCGACUACUAUCCCGACUUCUUUAACGACAUCUUCCGGCUGCUCUUUCUGGACGAGGAGAACGACGAGAGCUUCCGCCUGCUGAGGCCGGAAAAUGAUGAAUAAACGUGACUUCCCAAUCCUUAA